UAACAAAAAAUUCAUUCAGCCAGCCCCAGCUGAGAGCUGUGACGUGCCUUGCAAGUUGCAAAAUAAAUAAACAAUUAGCCAACAGCCAGGCACAUUUUGUGUUUUGUCAAGGCUUUUAAUACCGGUAAUUUGAUUGAUAAGUGCCAACUUCAACCUAAACCACCAAAAUGUUACUUAUUAAUCCAUUUAAACAAUCAUUUCGAAAUCCUUCUACUCGAUCCAUCUUUAAUCUACGCAAAAAAAAGGAUUUUGGAAUUUGCAAUCCUGUCACUGUAGGCUGUGUUUCCCCUGAAAGACCAGUACCUGAAUCCGUUCGAAAACCUCCUUACUACUUCAAAUACAUGCCACCAGGCAACACCAUUGGAGAAGUUGAAAUCAAAUCCAGCGAACAAAUCUAUCGUCUUCGAGCCAGUUGCAAACUUGCCGCCAAAAUCCUUCACUCUUGCGAAGACAUCGUUAAGGUAGGAAAUACAACAGACGACAUCGACGCCUUUGUCCAUGAGAAAAUCAUUGCCGCUAAUGCCUAUCCAUCGCCACUACGCUACGCUGGCUUCCCAAAAUCCAUAUGCACAUCGGUAAACAACGUCGCCUGCCAUGGCAUCCCCGACAAUCGACCGCUCAUGGACGGUGAUAUAGUCAAUGUCGACAUAACAACCUAUUACAAUGGUUACCACGGCGAUUGCUCCAAGACAUUCAUGGUUGGGGAUGUAGACGAGAGGGGCCGUUACUUAGUCGAAUCCACCCAAGAAUGUCUGAUGGAAUCGAUCAAACUCUGCAGCCCUGGGAAACCAUUCAAUACAAUUGGCAAAUUCAUAAGUACUUUUGUAAAAAAGAAAAACUUGGGAUUGAUUCCGGCCUUCAUUGGUCAUGGCAUCGGGAGCUAUUUCCAUGGGCCACCUGAGAUCCUUCAUUAUAAAAACAGUAUGCCUGGAAUCAUGGAACCAGGUAUGACGUUCACAAUCGAACCGAUUCUCACUCUUGGUGGCCCCGAUAUUGAAAUCCAGGAAGAUGGAUGGACGGCCUUAAGUGUCGAUGGUGCUAGAAGUGCUCAGUUCGAGCACACUGUACUCAUCACCCAGAAAGGCUAUGAGGUUCUAACCGCAUUAGAUUAAGAAAAAAAAACCAAUAAAAUUCCUGUGCAAAUGUGCAUUUUAUUUUAAA